AUUAGCACGAAGUUGAUGAACUGAAGCUCAAUGAUAUAUCAGCUGGUACUAUAAUCAAACGACAUGGGGAAUUUUGUGCCAAAACAUACCAUGAACUCAACAAAAAACAACAGCAUGUCGCCGCUCUAUGCUUGAACAGUAUCAUUGACUUAUCGGAUCAAACAAAAGAUGGACAGCGCUAUCUUUUUACUGACGAACAAUGGGAAAAAAUCAAAGAAAAAUACUCAGUCAAAAUGAAACAUGACAAGCAACUAUUCAAGCCUCUAUUUAAGAACAUUGACAAAGCAUUAAGAAACCUAAACCUUGAUAAAGCGUAUAAAAUUGCUCGAAUUGCUGAAGUCAAUGCGUUGAACUCCGACCAAGAGCACCAGUACAACAUUUAUUCACAUAUUAUAAACAUAUACAGAAGAAAACGAAGGGCAUUAAAUAAUGACAAUAAAACCAACACUGAAUUGGAUGGCUUAGUGAAAUUCUGGUCGAAGGUGUUUGAAUCUCUUUUCGCUGACAACAAACAUAAUAUUACUUGCAAAUGGGGCGAAUCACAAGCAUAUCAUAACGAACAUAAGAUUGAUGUCAGAAUAGUUGUAGUUAAAGGCUCAUUUGAGAUUGACUUAAUUGAUGUCGAAGCUGCUCGAUGCCUCUAUAAUCAGAAAACAAAUGACGAUCAUCUCAAGCUUGCCAUUGAAAGCAAAGGAAUUCUCGACCAUAUAGUCAAGCAAUCAUCCUCAUUUAAUCCUCGUAAGACUGUCGUAUUUAUGAUUUAAAUAUGUCAGAAUCAAUGUCAGGUCAAAACACUUCGCCUGUGCGAUCGUGGUCUUUACUGCAUUCAACAUCAAGCUGACUUAUCUCUUCCCUCAACACCCAUUGAAUUCAGCAAAAAUUCUUGUUCGUGGUUUGCUAUUCUUGAAUCAAUCAAAAAUACUGCGAUUAAGCUUGUUGAACACCUGAAUAAGGAUGAGCCUAAAUCAUAU